AUGGACAGCAGCAAGGCAGUACUAAUUGACUUGCUGCGCUUCCUUCCGUUGGUGGAGCAGCGGCUUCUUGGCAACGAUAUCGACGUUUCGGAUACACUGCAGCUAACGCAUUUGCGCCAGUCCGUUGAGAUGCUGGAGAGCAUGGCUGCAAAAUGCGAAUCUGCUCUCAGUGCUGAGGAGGCGUCUGCAAUCCGCAAGCGCAUUUCGGUAGUGCGUGAGACCCUCGAUGUCUUGGCGCUCCGCAGCUCUCCUGCCCGUUCUACUUCUCAGUAUCGCGACGUGAUGUUAUUGCCCGGAAGCGACACGGCACCGGAAGAGUGCGACAUAGACUACGCUCGAUGCCUUAACAUGAGCAACGAGGAGUUCGAUGCGCUCAUUGAGGAGUGGGCUGAGGACCGGGAGAGGCCACCGGCAACAGUCAAGCCGAAGAAGAAGGGGCGCAUGUCAUCCGAUGUCGCUGAGGAGCAGAUACGUAUCGAUCUAGUGAAGCUCGCUGACACCAUGAAAUCGAAAGCGCUCUGGUACCGCGACUUGCUGGUCAAGGAUAACGAGGCUCUUUCUAAGUACACUGCUGAGCAGGAGAAACAGCUGGACACGGUUACACAUGCAGCCAACGAAGCGGCCACCUUGGCCAAGACAGCGAGACUCUCGUUACGCCAAUCGCUGUUCAUGAUCGCAUCAUUAUUCGUCGCGGUGGUGUUUAUGAUGAUGGUUUUCAUCAUCACCUGA